AUGGUUUCCAAGUCUCUUCUGGUUCUCGCAUCGGCUGCCUCAUUGGCAAGCUGCCAGUCUAACAGUACCAUUAACCCAACCUCGGUUCCCUAUGCUACCCGACAGGCCUGGUGCGGCUCUCAAACUUCCUCCUGUCCCCUCCUCUGCCUACAACUACCCGGUGCGUCCGGAUCCCCCACAACCAACACCUGCGACGCAGCAACACUAAACUAUGAGUGUGUCUGCAGCAACGGCGUCUCUCCCAACGCCACCGAAUACUCCCAGACAAUCCCAUACUAUACCUGCACAGAGCACAACAACCAAUGCGUUACCAACUGCAAUGGCGACUCCUCCUGCCAAUACGACUGUCGGUCCGACAACCCCUGUGGAGCUCGGGCCCCUAAGCAUUACAAUUUGACUACUACGACUGCGUCUACCGCUACUGCGACUGCUACCGAGACGCCGGUCAAUACCAAAGUCAAUGGGUCGACUGGUGCUGCGCCGCGUAUGUUCUCUAUUGAUAUGAGCCAUCUCUAUGGGCUCUGUGCUGUUGUCGGUGCUUUCACUGCCGGUUUUGCUUCCCUGAUGUAG